AUGGGCCCGACAGGCCUGGCGCUCCCAGGGGGGCCAUCAGGGGUGGUGGACACCCAGGAACCCUCUAGGUGCCGUGAGCGCCCCAGGGUGCCCCCAGUGGCAGCGGUGCCCCGGGGUGCUCACAACAUCAGCAGCAUCCUCAGGCGCAUUCUCAGGAGCAACGGGACCCCAGUGACCCUGACUGGAGCAGCUGAUCCCGCAGGGGACCAACCCAGGAACAAGCAGCCCCAGAGACCAUCCAGAGACGGUUCAAGGGGCAGUGGCGCACCAAGGAACUCUCAGGGUCGGUGGCGCGCCCAGGAGUCCCUCCCAGGGGCGGUGGUGCACCUGGGAUCCCCUCUCAUUGCAAGUAGUGCUCAGGGACCAUUCAGGGGAAACAAGAGCCUCAGGGACCAUCACAGAGACCCUCCCAGGAAGGCGGCACCUCAAGGACACUCCAGGGCAUCCACACCACCAGAGACCUUUCGAGGACGUUGGGUGCCCCAGAACCAUUUUAGAAAUUUCUACAGGCCUUGCAUCCCCAGGGGCCAUCCAGGAGUGGUGGACACCCCAGGAACCCUCCUAGGUGCGGCGCCCCCAGGUUGCCCCCAGUGGCGACCUGUGCCCCAGGGGGCCCUACUUAACAUGUAUCCUCAGGCAUUCUCAGGGCAAUGGGACCCCAGUGACCUGACUGGAGCAGCCCAGUUCCACGGGGACCAACCCAGAGGCAGCACCCGGCCACAGGACCAUCCAGAGACAGUUCAGGGGCGGUGGCGCGCCAGGAACUCUCAGGGUCGGGGGGGGCGCGCCCAGGAGUCCCUCCAGGGUGGUGGUGCACCUGGGGUCCCUCUCAUUGGAAGAGUAGUGCUCCCAGGGACCAUUCCAGGAAACAGAGCCUCCAGGGACCAUCACAGAGACUGCCUCCCAGGAGGCGGCACCUCAAAGGACACUCCCAGGGGCAUCCGCACCACCAGGGGCCUUUCGGGGACGCCUAGCUAUCCCAGGGGCCAUCCAGGAGUGGUGGACACCCCAAGGAACCCUCACAGGUGCCGCGACGCCCCCAGGGUGCCCCCGGUGGCAGCGGUGCCCCGGGGCCUUUCGCAGCAUCCGCAGCUGACGGCAUCCCUCCAGGCGCAUUCUCAGGAACGCGGGACCCCAGAAACAGAGCCCCUCCAGGGACCAUCACAGAAACCCUCCAGGGAAGGCACCUCAAAGGACACUCCAGGGGCAUCCACACCACCAGAGACACCGGGGAUGUUGGUGCCCCCAGAGACCUUUUAG